UCGCCUGCGUGGGACCGAGCGGAGCGGGCGGCGCCGCGCUGGGCCUGGCCUCGCUGCCGGCCGCGGUGUCUCUGCGAGCUGCGGUUGGGCUGUACGUGCGCAGCAGCACCCGGCGCCGCCUCUGCCGGAGCCUCUGUCCGUACCGAAACACAGCUCGCCCCCAAACAGCGCAGCCGUCCGUCGGGAGUCGUACGAGCCUUCGGCUUUAGUCGCAUCGCACAAAGGCCUCAGAGUGUCAGAUACGGUUUUAGGAAAGCAGGUUGUGAGUCCUGGGGUAAAGCUUAUUUCUUCAACUGUAACCUCUAAGAGUGGAAAAAGCCGAAGACAGGGAAUACCACAUUAAAGAAAAGAAAAAAAGUCAAGAUUUCUGAAGGAUAAUGCAAGCUUAAUGCUAACCAAUUCUGCUUCAGUCCUGGUGAAUGUUUUUAUCCAUGGGAAGUCUGACAAAUAGAAAAUACUACCAAGUGAAGAGAAAAUUUACUUCACAAGAACUGAGUGAACUACUUUAAUUGCUUUUGAAAUUUUAUUUGUAUUAAUAACUGAUUAGUGUCAAAACUUUUUUUAAUCUGUUGUGGUAAAAUUAUUAGCUUAAAGCUGGAAAAAAUGAAACAAUUAAAAAGAAAAAGGAAAAGCAAUUUUAGUGUUCAGGAAACGCAAACUCUCCUUAAGGAAAUCAGAAAAAGGAAAGAAGUACUCUUUUCCAAGCAACUUAAUACAACAAUUAAUGAGAUGAAACGGAAAGCUUGGGAGGAAAUAGCAGAAUGUGUGAAUGCUGUAGGUGAAGGAGAGCAAAGAACAGGGACAGAAGUGAAAAGACGGUACCUUGAUUGGAGAGCACUCAUGAAGAGAAAACGUCUGAACGCAAACAUCAAAGUAGUAGGUGCUGGGUUUCACUUUCCUUCAUCUGAUUUAGAUGACUCUCUCAAUGAAGAUAUGGAUGAGAAAAUGGGAUUUGCAAAUGAAUGUAGUUUUGAAUGGCAAAAUAUCACUGACUUCAGAGAAGCAGGUGGAUCUUUAACAGAAAUCAAAGUAGAAGAGGAAGAGGAGGAUCCACAGAGUUUUGAAUUUCCUAUUGAGGAAGAAGAGGAAAUUUUGUCAUCAGUUUUACCAGAUUCGAAAAAAGAAAAUGACCUACCAGAUUUCAGUCACAUUGAAGAAUUUGGAAAUCUAAGCUCUGCUCAAGCUAGGCUAGUCUACGAAGAUUCUCACUUGCUUAUAAAUCUAGAGAAGCAGAAGGUAGAGCUGGAGAAACAGCGACUGGACAUUGAAGCUGAAAGGCUGCAGGUGGAAAAGGAGCGCCUGCAGAUAGAAAAAGAACGGUUACGGCAUGUUGACUUGGAGCAUGAGAGACUUCAGCUUGAGAAGGAGCGACUUCAGAUUGAACGAGAGAAACUGAGGCUAGCGACUCUGCAUGCUGAAAAACCUGCCCUAGAAAAUGACCUUGCUCAAAUAGAGAAACCCAUCAUGCAGCCUCUGGAUCUAGAAACUGAAAAGUUAAAACUUGAGAAAGAACGUUUGCAGUUAGAGAAAGAGAGGUUGCAAUUCUUAAAGUUUGAGUCAGAGAAGCUGCAGAUUGAGAAGGAACGCUUGCAAGUGGAAAAAGAGCGUCUUAGAAUUCAGAGAGAGGGUCACUUGCAGUAAACUUAACUUAAUUAAGCAUAAAAUUAGUGUUUUGAUGUUUGUAAAUAGAGGUAGUUCUUUUCUUAAUACUGAAACUGUCCUAGGGGCUUAAUGUUCUUCUGUCCAGAAUUGAAUGUUGAUGUUGAACUUUUGAAAAUGGAAUAGUGCUCAAUAAGUCAGUGUGCCUAUAUAAAUGGAAUUUGUGUAUGAAAUUGCUUUUUAGUAUAUCAGAGCAAAAUGUUAUGUUCACUUGUCUUCAGUAUUGUAUUGUAUACUUUGGUGUCCUCUUCCCACAGACACAUUGAAAAUCAAAGGUUUUUUUUUUUUUUUUUUUUUUUUUUUUUUUUUUUAACUGCAAUAACAGUAAUUCCCUGAAAUUAUAGGAACCACAAAAUAAAUCAGCAUAUGUUGUGAGGGCAUGGUGCUGAAGAUAGCCCACACACUAAAUAUGUAUAAUGUAAACUGAACACAGUAACACAGAGCUAUGAUGUGAUUGAUUCAUUAUACUUAAUUUCCCCCUUUCAGAGUUUUCUAUCCCCAUAAUUGAAAGAAGAGUUCAGGAAUUAUCUAAGAGUUAGUGAAGUACAGGUUAAAUUCCCUACAGUGGUGUCUCCUGUUGUUCCAUGACCUGAAUUGAGUAGGAGUGCAGAAGAUAGUGUAUCCUUUCAUUUGCAUGAAGUAUUCAUACUAGACAAAGCUGCACAUCAAUAAUACCUACUAUAAGCUUGACUGUUGGAUGUAUCAGGUCAUUAAUAAUGCUAUAUAGAGUAUUUUACAUCUGGAUUGCCUGUUUGAAUAUAGCACGGGGACCUCGUAGCAGGAAAUAGUUGCUGUCAGAUCAAUCUGUGAUGACCCCCUGAAGUAAAUUGCUAGACCCAGUCUGUUCCUUGAAAGAAGUAGCUCAUGAUGGGAGUCUUGGGAGUGAAGUCAAAGGCAGAGCUCGUGUUAAGGAACACUGAGCUGCUUACUCUUGAUGUUAGUUCUUCCUGGCCAGGACUAAGAUCAUCUCAAUAAGGCACCAUAAAGAAGCUUGAAUGGCUGACACCAUACAGUAUGUGUUAAAUUAGGUAAACAGAAAUGAUCAUUGUUGAAGGCUGUCAGUUUUUUUCGUAAGUGAUGUAUUCAUUUAAAAUAAAGAACAAGGAAACUUUCUAUGAUUUCAUAUACAUAUCUGUUUAAAUCCCAACUGAGCCAAACUUUAGAUAUCUCAUCUUUCUAUGAACAGCUAGCUUUUGUUAACUCCACUUGAAACUUAAGAUUAUCAGAAGACUAAAUCUGAGUGUGUGUUGUGUGACUUGCAUGGAUUCUUGUGCAAGUAAAUAUAUUUAUACCACUACAGGAUUACUUUUAUUCUGCAAAGAAAAUGUUAUUUUUUUAUUACUGAAACAAGUGUGCUUCUAUAGUGGAAAUAAAUUUGACUGCUACAACCGAAAA